AUGACCGACAGACUUUCCAACACCUACAACUCGACCGUCGGCGGCGCCAAGCAGACCGUCGGCAACACCCUCGGCAGCGACCAGCUCGCCUCCUCGGGCGCCCAGCAGAAGGCCCAGGCCGAUGCCAAGCAGACCGCCACCGAUGCCCAGAACAAGGCCUCUGGACUCGGAAACAAUGUUUUGGGUGCUGCCCAGAAGGCCGUCGGAGGUGCGACCAACGACAAAUCAAUGGAGGCUCGUGGCCAUGGCAACGCUGCCCUUGGAGACGUUCAGCGUAACGUCUAA